AUGCGCGCGUCUUCGGCUCUCUGGGUCUUCAAUGCUCUUGCGUUGGGAGUCUCGGACUACUCCGUUGUCGCCACCCAAGAUGUCACUCCUCCUCUCCAAGCCCAGGCUCCAUUCGCCGCCGGUCUCGCAACCCCUCCCGCGACGCCUGUCCCCUGGGCAGUGGCCCAGGAUCGCGCCGCGAAGCUCGUGGAGAAGAUGACCCUCGAGGAGAAGCUGAACGUGACAUCCGGACGUCUCGGACCGUGCCAGGCCAACUCCGGUAGCGUUCCACGACUCGGCAUUCCUAGCUUCUGCUACAACGAUGGGCCGGCUGGAAUACGUCAUACCGACUUUGUGACCCAAUACCCUUCUCAGUUCACAACCGUCCAGUCCUUCGACCGAAAGCUCAUUCAAGAAUUGACCGAGCGCAUCUCCGAGGAGCACAAGGCGAAGGGCGUCAAUGUAGAACUCGGGCCGCUAACCGGCGGACCCUUGGGCCGCUCGCCGUACACUGGACGCAACUGGGAAGCGUUCACACCGGAUCCGUACCUGUCCUCGCAAAUGUCCUAUAUCGCCAUCAAGGCGACGCAAUCGACUGGCCUUAUCGCUUGCGCUAAACACUACUUCCUUUACGAGCAGGGUCCGGUAUGCAACGGACCGCCGGACGGACAUGGCGGCCGCAAGGACUGCCAGGAUGCGUGGUCCAUGGUCGACGACAAGACCGUCAAGGAGCUGUACCUGCCGUCGUUUGCCGAGGCGGUCCGUGCCGGCGCCGGCGCCGUCAUGUGCUCUUACAACAGGAUCAACGACACACCUGCAUGCCAGUCGGACGACGCGAUGAACCGCAUCCUGAAGAAGGAGCUGAACUUCCAGGGCUACGUGUUGUCGGACUUUGGCGCAACGCAUUCGACUGCUGAGUCUGCCAACGCUGGCAUGGACCAGGAACUGCCGCGCACGUGCUGGUAUGGCGACAAGCUCAAGGAUGCUCUGAAGAAGGGCGAGGUGAAGCAGGAGCGUCUGGAUGAAAUGACGAGGCGCGUUCUGACACCGUGGAUCGCCCUCGGACAAGCUGAUGGCUGGCGCUCGCCUAGCUACACGUGGUGGAACCUCGACGACGUAGUUGUGAUCGACGGUAUGACGUUCCUCAACUUGCACGAGGACAACCGCCGGCCCGACGCAAAUGACUUUGUUCGGCGCGCUGCCGAGCAGACUCACGUGCUGCUGAAAAACGAAGAGGAUGCUCUGCCGAUCAGUAACGAGAUCCGCCGUAUCGGCGUCUUCGGCUCUGACGCAGACUAUCCUUCUACGAUCGCCGGUUGUGGCGAGGACCUGUUCUGUCCUCCCGAGGAAGGCAGGUUCCGCUGGAACGGUACCGUCACUGUCGGCGGCGGCUCCGGCGCUGCCUUCGCAACAUACAUUGUCCCACCCAUCGAGGCGCUGUCGCUCCGGGGCCGCCGAAAGGGCCUGCGCAUCGAUCAGGUGCUCCGCAACGAUCCCGCCCAGUAUCCCGUCAUCGAGAAGCUGGCACACAGCGUGCAGAUGUGUAUCGUCAGUGUGUCUGUCUUCCUCGUCGAGGGCUGGGACCGCGACAACCUGAAGCUCGACAACAACGGCGAUGAGCUCAUCAAGUAUGUCGCGGACCAGUGCGCGGGUGAUGUUGUCGUCGUGAUCCACGCUGGCGGCCCUGUGGUCAUGGAGGAAUGGAUCAAAGGCGUCAUUUUCGCUGGCUAUCCAGGGCAGGAGAGCGGCAACGCCCUCGCUAACAUCCUCUUCGGAGACGUCAGCCCGAGUGGCAAAAUGGCCUUCACGAUCGCAAAGCGGGAGAAGGACUAUCUCCCAGACAACAUCAUGCGCCAUACGCCGCCGAAGGUGUACUUCAAGGAGGGCGUCGCCAUCGACUACAAGUGGUUCGAUAAGGAGGGCAUUGCGCCGCGGUUCGAGUUCGGCUAUGGCCUGACGUACUCCAAGUUCAAACUCAGCGACCUGCGGGUGGACAAGGAGUACCGCCCUGUGCGCGACACAGUGCAGCAGACCAAUGAGAAGCACAAGGGCAAGUACGACCUGUACGACACGCUUUACGUCGCACGCGUGAAGGUCAAGAACGUUGGCAAGGUGCACGCGGCCGAAGUUCCGCAACUCUACAUGUCUUACCCCAAGAGCGAGAAGGACCAGCCCCCUCGUCAUCUCCGCGGCUUCGACAAGGUCUUCCUGCGCCCCGGCGAGGAGCGCGUCGUCGAGUUCCCGUUGCGCAAGAAGGAUCUGUCCGUGUGGGACGUGGUCAGGCAGGAGUGGCACAUUCCCGAGGGCGAGUUCACGUUCUGGGGCGCGCACUCUUCGCGAAACCUCCCCCUCAAGACGGAGCUCAAGAUUGAGCUGUAA